UCAUCAUUCCCUUUAAGAGCCGGGUGAGCUCUGACUUUGGCACGUUUGUAUCUUAACAGCGCGGCGCUUCUUUGCGCGUCUUAGCAGAUACUUAGAUACUGAGCUGCUCGUUCACACUGUGAAGAUACACCAGCAGCUCAUUUAAGAGAACAGCAAUGUUAUUUUAUUCUUUAUUGUGUUUAUUGAUGAUGUAAAAUGACGGAUUUGCAAUGCGUAAAUUUGCUCCUACAUGGAUAAGAUUAUUAUGUAUUUUAAAGACUAUAAAGUGCACUGACUUAUAAGAUUAUCAGGUGCAUUAGGGAACACUAGUAAGGAUGCCUACAUCGAAGUGAACAAGGCUGUCGCCAUGUUUUCUUUCUAAUGUUUAAGCUGGAGGAAGCGCCUAAGUAAAAAAAACUGUAAUUCUAAAAAAAAAAAAAAGUAAAAUGAGUGCUGGAUGUUAAUCUACACAGAUUUCUCUCCUGAAAACUGUUUAUUUGGGCGAGUAAAGCAUUUUCCUUUAUUUACAGUAAGCUUAGAUUCCCAGUAUUUUGUCUAAGGGUGAGUUUUUAGUUAAGAUUCUCCAGCAAUAAGGCUGGGUGCAGCAGCAUUAGCAUUAGCUGCUAAAUGCAGCAUUAGCGGGACGAAAAGGCCGCCUAAUAGCGCUAGCCUGAGAAACUCUAAAUAUUUCGGUAGCAUGUAGCUUGUUUUAACACUGCAGUCUGAUAAACUCGACUCUAAGUGGCGAAAGAGUUUGCGCUGGGGUUAGCGGCUAAUGCUAAUACUGCUGCACUCAGCCUUAGUGCUGGAGAAACUUCACUAAAAACUCAAAACCCUUAUAACUCUGUACUUUAGAAGAGUGUCUUUACUGCUCCUUAAUACCUGACUGGUAAAAUUCAUAAUUAAUAAUUGAUUUUCGGUAAAAUGAAAUGAUUUUAAAUGCACCUUAUAGUCAGAAAAUACAGUAGUAUGAGAUGAGCUGGAGUUAGGAUUUUCUCUUUCCACAGUUCACAGGUGAAACUCUUUAGUCCAUGCGACUGAAUCAUCACACUGAAGUUAUUUUGGCUUUUGAAGAACAACACAAAGUACAAGACAUUUAAAUGUCAGUGACUAAUCCCUGAAAAUCAGUCAGGAAAAUAAUACGUGGUCUAAAAACACACAGACCGCCUCCACAGUUCCUUACUGUAGUAACAUUUUACCCUGCUUUCACAGUGAGAUGUGUAGCCGCCUGACUCACUGACACUGAAAGUAGUACAUCGGUAAUGUUCUACUGUCGUAAUCCUGUCCUUCACCUCCAUUCCUCUCUCCUACAGCUUCCUGAAGAUGCUUUUCAUACGGACACUGACUGAUCACUCACUGGUCUUCUUCUUCUUUCAGGAAGAAAUGGCUUUUUAUGGCCUGAGGAAACGUGCAGAACCCAUCAUUCAAUCUGAGCUCAGUUUCCUAUUGAAGAGAAUGACACCCAAUCAACGCUUAUAGUGAACGGCGUGAAUAACUCGUCUGUGAUGUCACGACAUGGCAGAUAUACACUUAUUUAAUGAUGCACAGCAGUUACACACAACUGAAUUGUUUUUUUCUUGUCAAUAUGACAAUAUCUUACUACAGAAAAGACAACAUAACAUAAUUAUGGUUCUCUGGACAUAUUUAGGCAAUUUCCAGGACAGGGAUUAGGACUAUUCUUGGACUGAACAGCAUUAAAAGUAGAGAUUUUAAGUUGUAGGUACAAUUUAAAAUCAAAAAGUCUAAGCCAGGAGGGAGUGACUACACACUGAAGGCGAGUAACGAGGUGGAACAUAUGGCCAGUAUAUAACAUUAUAUAAUUAUAUAACACUUUUUGCAUGCUUUUUUACAGUAUUUCCAUAUUUUGAUUAUAAGGCAGGAUAAGCCAACAGACUUCUUCUGAGGGAGGAAUCUGUACCCACUGUAUGUGGCAUGUCAGCAGAUAAGAGAAAGAUGCCAGCCAAGAGGAAGGGUUCCGCUAAGACGGCCGCCGCCAAGCGAUUUUCCGAGGAGGCAGUUCCAGCUCCCGAGGAACAAGCUCCAGCCCCCGAGGAACAAGCUCCAGCCCCCGAGGAACAAGCUCCAGCCCCCGAGGAACAAGCUCCAGCCCCCGAGGAACAAGCUCCAGCCCCCGAGGAACAAGCUCCAGCCCCCGAGGAACCAGCUCCAGCCCCCGAGGAACAAGCUCCAGCCCCCGAGGAACCAGCUCCAGCCCCCGAGGAACAAGCUCCAGCCCCCGAGGAACAAGCUCCAGCCCCCGAGGAACCAGCUCCAGCCCCCGAGGAACAAGCUCCAGCCCCCGAGGAACAAGCUCCAGCCCCCGAGGAACAAGCUCCAGCCCCCGAGGAACAAGCUCCAGCCCCCGAGGAACCAGCUCCAGCCCCCGAGUAACCAGCUCCAGCCCCCGAGGAACCAGCUCCAGCCCCCGAGGAACAAGCUCCAGCCCCCGAGGAACCAGCUCCAGCCCCCGAGGAACAAGCUCCAGCCCCCGAGGAACAAGCUCGAGCCCCCACAUGGAGGAGUAUGUUCUGCUGCUGCACCAUCACUGCAAGGAAUCUGUGGUCCAUGGUUGUGUAGAAGAGAAUAGAUGUGCUCUCUCUUGUAGCUCAAGAAGAAAUGAUGAUUCACUAGAAAAAACAACCAUAUAUAGUUGGAAGUCGACGUACAAAGAGUGGAAGUCGGC